GAUGGGCUCAGGAUCACAAGUACUUGUCUCUCCCUUGCAGUGAGAACGAGGAGCUGGAGGAGAUCCCCUCAACUGACCUCAAGUACCUGCUGCUGCCUGCACUGCUGGGAGCUCUCACGCUGAAGCAGGUGGACCUGAGCAGGAGGUUGGAGCACCUGGAGACUGCCAGGGAUCACUUCUAUCGCUUCCUCAAGCUCUGCAGGAGCUAUGGGCUGGGCAACUUCCAGCUGCCUCCUGCCACCUCCUCCAGCACCGCUGGGGAGGAGGGAACAGGGAGCUUCCCAGCCCCAGGGGACGCCAUGGGUGCCCAGCCCAACCUGGUGGCCAUGGCCAUGAGCAGGAAAGCCAAAAUCGACAGGUACAAGCAGAAGAAGGAGCUGGAGAACAAGUUGGCCUCCAUGAGAAGCUCAGUGGAGAGUGGGACAGCAGAUGAGGACCAGAUCCGGGAAUUCUACAUCCUCCAGAUCCAGAGGUGGAUCAGCACCAGCCUGGAGGAGAUUGAGAGCAUCGACCAGGAGAUGGUGAUCCUGAGGAGCAGAGGGACAGCGAGGCAGCCCCCAACAGGUCUCCACGGCCCUUCCAGACCUCCCAGAGCUCCUGUGAGGCCUUUCAUCCUCACCCGCGAUGCUGCCCAGGCCAGGGUGUUUGGAGCUGGCUACCCCGGGCUGCCCACCAUGACCGUGAAUGACUGGUACGAGCAGCGCAGGAGGCAGGGAGUGGUGUCUGGGCAGAGUGUGCCCCAGAGGGCACCAGGUGGAAGUGAUGAAGAGCUGCAGAAGCAGCAGCAGGAGAAGAAGGAGGAGGAGGAGGAUGAUGAGGAAGCUCUGCAGAAGGCUCGGAAUUGGGACGACUGGAAGGACACACACCCCAGGGGCUAUGGCAACAGGCAUAACAUGGGCUGA